AUGGCUUCCUACGAUAGCGACGACUCGAUAGAAGAGAACGAGGACUUCACUGAGACCGAUGUCCUUCUAGGAUAUGCGUCAAAGGAAUCCAAAGGCGAAACUACAAGCCGGCUAGGUGGUAAACCGGAUUGGCUCGACGCCGAGAAAGCUCCUUCAGCUGCUCUCGCGAGAUGCAAGAUCUGCAAAGACCUUAUGGUUCUGAUUUUGCAACUGAACGGCGAACUACCAGAGCGAUUCCCCGGCCACGAGAGACGAUUGUCGGGUCUCGGAGAAGCCUUGUUCGGUGUGAAGCCAGCCGCAGGAGGGUCGGCUCCAGUAAAUCCAUUCGCAAAAUCUUCAGGCGCGAAUCCUUUUGCAAAAUCGCCAUCCCCAGGCGGUGCCAACCCCUUUGACUCUACCUCCUCACAAGCAAAGGUUGCAGAAUCCAAGACGGAGACCGAGGAAGCAGUAAAGGAUCUACCAAAGACUUUCGCUGAGACACUGUCUCUAAACAAUCCACAGCAGACCCAUGGACCUCCCCCUCCUCCAGAACCGUGGCCGUCCGAGUCAGACCAACCGCAGUCAUAUCCCGUCAUGUAUCUCUCCGAUGCCGAGUACGAGACCCUCGACCCCAUACCGCUCCCUCCUCCUCAAGCGACCACAACAAUGGAUCUUGAUGAAGGGGGACCGUCCUCUGGCUCUGGAAAAGAAGAUAAGGUCGUAUUUGAGUCAACGAUGGAUAGUACAUUCCAGAAAUUCGCCGACCGUGUAGGACAGAACCCGGAGCAGUGUAUUCGAUACGAAUUUAGUGGCCAGCCGCUUCUAUACUCGAAAGCAGACGAGGUUGGAAAGCGGUUGCAUGAUGCUGGUACCAAUGGCAUCCCGAGGUGCGGGAACUGUGGUGCCAACAGGGUGUUCGAGGUGCAACUGACUCCCCAGGCAAUUACAGAGUUGGAGGCUGAGGAGGAGGGACUGGAGGGCAUGGACUGGGGAACGAUCAUCGUAGGAGUUUGUGAGCGGGAUUGCCAGGAGAGAAGUGCAGGCGAGGGAGAACCCGGAUACCUAGAAGAAUGGGUUGGCGUGCAGUGGGAAGAACUUACGAUGAAGAGAUAG